AUGGCCAUCUCUUGGGGAACCAUCAAGUCCCUCCUGCUCUUCUUCGGGCCCAUCCUCCUGCCCAAGGCCAUAGGCUACUACCGCAGCAUCCGCGCCGGCCCGGCCGCCCAGGGCCUCGCCAUCAAGCCGCUGCCGCCGCGGGUCCUGCGCGGCCUGUCGCUGCUCGCCGCCACCGCCCUCGUCUACCUCGUGCUGUCGCUGCCGCCCUUCGCCCCCGAGAACCUCUUCGCCCGCACCCAGUCGCGCCUACAGAUCCCCACCGACGUGCUCUUCACCCGCCUGACCGCCCUGCGUCCAGGCGGCGCGCUCACGCCCACCGACACGGCCCUGCGCGCCAAGUUCGUCAACCUCGAGUCCCGCCUGCUGUACUUGCAGUUCGGCCCCGCCGUCCUGGCCGACUGCCCCUUCUGCAACGCCGACGACCCGCGCUCGUACUUCUACUACGCCCUGCCCGCCCUGCUGGGCGCCCACCUGCGCAACCUCGUCGUGCUCUCGGUCGCCACCUCGGGCCUGCUGACCGGCCACGACGGCAGCAAGUGGCGCACGCCGGCCGUGCUGGUCAGCGCCCUGGCCGCCGCCCUCGACGUCUACCUGGUCAACAGCUACAAUCACCAGGCCAACUCGCGCGCCACGCGCCUGGCCGAGCUGGACCUGUUCUUCUGGAGCGCGCGCCUGUACCGCCUGGCCGGCCUGGCCCUGCUCAACAGCGCCUUCGCCGUGCUGCUGUACCUGUCGAGCACGAACCGGGCCUUCGCCAGCCCGCCGGGCCCCGCCGAGCGCGUCGAGGGCGUCACGCGCCAGCUGCUGGUGGCCAAGAGCAAGAUGAACGCCCUGGGCAUCGUCAAGAACACGGCCAUCCGCGACGAGGACCUGCGCGAGCGCGUGCUGGCCUACUGGCGCCACGAGGGCCGCCUCAUGCGCGAGGUCAUGGAGGAGCGCGAGGUCGUCGAGGGCGUCCAGGACGCCCUGGCCAACCGCAUCAACAUCGCCGGCAUCUCCAAGGACGCCGAGAACUACGCCCUCAACAUCCUCCCCCGCCCGCAGGUCACGGACACGGUGGACUGA